AUGAGGGUAUUCAAGAGCUUGGUUCUUUUAUUUCUGCUACUUGUAGUGAGAGGUUCUAUGGUUCAGCUGAAAAAUGGUGGCUAUGAAGAUAUUGUUAUUGCAAUUAACCCUGAGUUAUCAGAAGAUCACAAUAUCAUAAGAAACAUACAGGACAUGGUCAAAGAGGCUUCUACUUACUUGUUCAAUGCUACAAAACAGAGAUUUUUUUUCAAGGCUGUAAAAAUUAUAAUUCCUCUGCAUUGGCUGCCAAAACCUGAGUAUUUAAGUGUGAAAACAGAGUCAUAUGAUAAGGCAGAUGUUAUCGUGGCUAAUCCUUACUUGAAGUACGGAGAUGAUCCCUACACGCUGCAAUAUGGAGGAUGUGGGGAAAAGGGACGAUACAUUCAUUUCACUCCUGAUUUCCUGUUAAAUGACAAUUUGUAUAACAUCUAUGGAUCACGAGCCAAAGUUUUUGUCCAUGAAUGGGCUCAUCUUCGUUGGGGGGUGUUUGAUGAAUACAAUAAUGAUGCACCUUUCUAUGUGUCUGUAAAUUCUGGAAAAGCAAGUGUUGAAGCAACAAGGUGUUCAGCUGAUAUCACUGGGAAAUACAUAGUCCAAAGCUGCACGGGAAACAGCUGCACGACAAGAGAAUGCAAAUCUGAUGAACAGACAAAGCUGUAUGAAGCUGGAUGUAAAUUUGUACCAGAAAAAACACAAAAUGCCCCAGCAUCUAUAAUGUAUAUGCAGAGCCUCCCUUCUGUGGUUGAAUUCUGUGAUCAAAGUACUCAUAAUGAAAAGGCUACAAAUCUGCAGAACAAAAUGUGUAACUACCACAGCACCUGGGAAGUAAUUAUGAACUCUCCUGACUUCAGUAACACCUCUCCAAUAAAUAGCGCAAGUCCUCCGUUUGAGACCUCCUUCUCAUUGCUGCAGACCAAAGACAGAGCAGUCUGUCUGGUACUUGAUGUUUCUGGGAGCAUGGCUGGGAAUAACCGCAUUAAACGUCUCAGACAAGCUGCAGAGAUAUUCCUGCUACAGAUUAUUGAAACGGGUUCCUGGGUUGGAAUUGUCACAUUCCAUUCUACAGCACAAAUUGAAACUUAUCUACAACAAAUAAUCAAUGAGAAUGUACGCCAGGAUCUUACCAAAUACCUGCCUAUAUCAGCUGGUGGAGGAACUAACAUCUGCGCAGGAGUACGCAAAGGAUUUGAGGUGAUUAAACAAAAGUACUCUAAUCUCUAUGGUUCUGAAAUUGUACUGCUGACAGAUGGAGAGGAUGGGGGUAUGAGCAGUUGCCUUACGGAGGUGAAAAACAGUGGCUCGAUCAUUCACACCAUUGCCUUGGGACCAAAUGCUGCUCCAGAACUAGAACAAUUUUCAAAUAUGACGGGAGGCUUAAGGUUUUAUGCCACAGAUACAGUCGACUCCAAUAGCCUUAUUGAUGCAUUCAGUGGAAUUUCAUCAGGAAGUGGAAAUAUUUCUGAACAGUCUAUUCAGCUUGAAAGUACAGCUCAGAGUGUCGCAGUCAAGCAGUGGAUGAAUGGUACAGUGACUGUAGAUAGCACUGUAGGAAAUGACACCUUCUUUGUAGUUACAUGGGAUCGAAGCACAUCUUCACCAGACAUUUUACUGAGGGACCCCAAAGGAAAAGAAUAUAGAACGUCAAACUUCACAGUUAGUGAUCUAAACCUCCGAACAGCUCGACUGAAUAUAGCAGGCACUGCAGAGGUGGGGGAUUGGUAUUAUUGGAUUCAAAAUAAGCACACAGAGUCUCAAGUCAUAUCCAUGAUAGUAACCUCUCGAGCCGCAUCUUUGGCUGUGCCUCCAGUGACUGUGAAAGCCCUCAUGAAUAAGGAUACAAACAGCUUCCCUAAUCCAAUGGUGAUUUAUGCAGAAGUUAGUCAAGGAUUUUUGCCUGUUCUUGGUGCAACCGUGAUGGCCACUGUUGAACCACAGACUGGAUCUGCAGUGGAGCUCAAACUCCUUGAUGAUGGUUCAGGUGCUGAUAUUACCAAGAAUGAUGGAAUCUAUUCAAAGUACUUUACAUCUUUCAGAGGAAAUGGUAGAUACAACUUAAAAGUGCGUGUCCAAGGGAAAGAUAAGACUGUCAGACUUCGCCGCAGGCAGAGUCGAGCCUUGUAUGUUCCAGGCUACAUAGAAAAUGGUGAAAUUAAAAUGAAUGCACCGAGACCUGAACCUAGUGAUGAUGAAAUUCAAGCAAAGCUAGGAAGUUUCAAUAGAGUUGCCUCAGGAGGUUCUUUUGUAAUGGAAAAUGUUCCUUCAGGAGGAACUACUGAUGUGUUCCCACCCUGUAAAAUUAUUGACCUUGAGGCUCAGUAUGAAGAAGAUAAAAUUCACUUGUCUUGGACAGCUCCCGGGAAUGACUUUGAUGUGGGACAAGCUGACAAAUACAUAAUAAAAAUGAGUGAAAGUCUUCUGGCCCUGAGAAACACCUUUGAGGAUGCUACUUCCGUGAAUACUUCUAGUCUGGUACCUAAACCUGCCGGCACCAAAGAAUCAUUUCAGUUUAAAUCAGAAAAUGUCACAAUAGAAAAUGGCACCAUAAUCUAUUUUGCAAUACGUGCCAUUGAUAAUGCCUCCCUGACCUCAGAAGUGUCUAAUAUAGCACAAGCAGCUUUGUUUAUCCCUCCAAAGGAAUCCUCGCCUGAUAGUACUCCUAAUGAUGAUGUUAUCAAUGAAGGUAUUAAUGUUUUAACAAUAGUGUUAAUAGUAGCUGGGUCUAUAAUAGCUGUAUCAAUAGCUGUAAGUAUGUUUGUUUGCAUUUUACACAAGAAAAAUAGAAGGGGAGGCCCUGAGCUCAGAAUGUAAUAAAACUAAUUGUAAGAUGAAAGUUCAGUAGGAAUCUAUCUUGAUUUGUUCUGUUUGUGAUUUUUAAAAUACAUAAGGGGAGACUUAAAUAAUUUUGUAAUACAUUUGAAAAUUAAAUGAAUUGACUUUAAAAUAGAUGUACAUUUAUGUGUAUUUCUGUUCUGCUUUAAAUUACUUUAUGCUAUGUUACAGUACAUGUACAUAGACUAAAUACUGAAUUUAAAAGCAUGUACUCAGCAGAGUAAGACACUAAUAUAAAUGACAAUCUAGAUGUAGAAUUUAAUUCUAAUCUUGCAAGAAUUUUGCAACAUUAUUGUGCUUUAUUUUUUAAAAAGUAGCAAAAACUAUGUCUUUCUAUUUUUGUUUUCCAGUUGCUUAGCUGUCAGAAAGGUGAGAUUUAAUAAGAAAUUAGAUAGAUCUGUAAUCUGUCAUUUUCAUACAUACCUUCACAUCCUUUCAGUUAUGUUCAGUGAGUAGGAAACAAAGUAUAUACUUCUGAUGGCCUUACAAAUGCUUAAGUAAUGCACAACUCUACUUAUGGGAGGAGAGUUAUGCGAGUGUUUAAUUAUUAUCACGAUCAGGGCCAUACAGUAUCCACAAAUGAGCAUAUGGAAAACACUUUCUUCCUGAUAUAAUCACCAAUCACACGUGCAACAUUUCAACUCUAAACUAUUAACGAAAGAACAAAAGCAAAAUAGUAGAAGAGAAGACAAUAUAUGCCAAAUUAGCAGGAAUGCCACCAAUCACAUCAUAUGUAGAAGCAAUUGCACGCAGCAUCAAGGAGGAAAAGCUAUUCAGCAGAUGGCUUUUCACUCAUCUUUCCUAUAUCCUGCAAGCCCAACUUGCAACAUCAUGCUGUGUGAUGUGACUCUCCAAAAAUGGGAAAGGAUCAUCCAUUCUAUGGGUAAUGAAAACAUCCAUAUUUAUAUUUGAUGGAGUGAAAUUAUUUUAUAAGGGACAUAAACCCUCAUGCUUCAGGUCAUCAGUUUAUCACUAAUAGGGGCUAGGGAGGAACUUUUCCAUGGGUUAAUUAUUCCAUAAUUGUCCAUGAGACACACCAUUUUCCUUUUUGUUCACCACUUUUACAAAAUUAUGAUAAAUCUUGUACAAACUAUGCUUUGUGAGGUAUCAUCUGAAAAUUCAUAAUUUGCUGAUCAUUAUUGUUCUGGUAAAAUAUGUGGCAACAUUUUAUGUAAAGUCAUAAGAUUCUGUGUAUGAUGUUACUAAGGGAUAUUCCAAGUCUGGGAAAGCAGCCCAUACCAGUUCCUCAGAGACAAAAGGCAAACUGAAGCCUCAGCCAGGUGUCAACACAAUCAAAUGGACUAUCAAUGGGGUAAGUGGCCAUUCUUUGGCAGGAAGAAGGGUGUGAGUAAGAACUUUACAUCUUGGAAAUGGAGCAGUUGGGGGUUCCUAUGUAAACAGACUGGCUUCACCUGAACCCCAGCCUAAGAUGAUUCUCAAAGAGGAGGAAAAGAUAAAAAUGUGAAACACAUCCCUAAAAUCACCUCUCUCCCCUCAUCGCUACUCAUGGCAUCAACAACAUUUGAAAGAUGAAAGAAGCAUCAUUGAACUGGGGGGAGGAGUCCUGGCUGAAGGAAUCCAACCAGACUGCUGUAAGCAUAUAGUGAGAGAAACCUUUUGCUUUAAAUUUACUUUGUUAACUUAGAUAUUAGUUUACGUUUUACCUUUUAUUUCUUUGAAACCAGUUCUGACUUUUCUGCCUCAUUACUUGUAAUCACUUAAAAUCUAUCUUUCUGUAGUUAAAUAAACUUGUUUGA